UAUGAAGUCGUAACUAAUUUGCAGACAUUAUUUGCUAUCAAACGCAUUAAGGACUGGAAAAUGGCUUGGAAGAAAAACGCCACUGCUCCAUGUUUUGCCUCCCCAUGAACAUACUAUAAAUAUUUUGUUCCCGGAAAUAAUAUAAAGAUUAUUACUUCAUAUCAUCUUAGCCAUUUAGUUAAUAUUGUUGCGUAGUUGCCAUUUGUUACUUAAAAACUAACCAAACACUCUAUGUUAACUUAUGCGUCACAUAUUUUAUUAAAUGAAGAAGUUUGAUUUGCAAAACUAUUUAAAUAUAUAUUUCAUGUAGUGGUCUAUGAGAUUAUUACAGAGUUACUAUUUUUUUCAUUAUCGUUAAAAUUAUUAAAUAUUACGAAAUGGUUGCAAAUAUUGAUACUGGGCACACUAAGAUUAGCGAUGGAAUUGCUGCCAUCUGUUGAGAUAUUUUUACCAACUUAGUCGAAAAGUUGUUUCACUACUAGAUCUAGAUGGCCUGUAAGUCAACAAAUUGCUCAGAAUGUAUGGAACUGUCCCCCCCCUGACUAAUAUUCUGUCUGUGGUGUUUGUGUUGUGAACUUGUGACCAAAACAAACCAAAAAACUAAAAUAAAUAAUAGGCAAAACCUCAGAACCCAAACGACCCAAACCAAAGUAAUAUGAUUAAAUGUUGCCCAAAACUUAGAGAAAACAAUCAUUUUAGUUUCUAGAUAUCUGUAAAAACGAUGUUGUAAAUGAUUUUAUAGAUGUAAAUUUUAAAAUAAUUUUCCAAAUUAACUUCUAUGUAAAUAAUUUAAAUCAGUUAAACCGUGACAAGCGAGUACAAAUAAAAUGGCACUGUUUCCUGCGUACGUCUUCUCCGACGAUGAAGGCGAACUGGUCGAGGGAGAGUCGAGUCGUGCGUCAUGCGAGCGCUCGGAGGCGCAGCUGCUGGCGAGCGAUGGCGACGGCGACGGCGACGAGUUGCCGGCGGCGCCCGAGCGGCGGCCGGCGGCGCCCGAGCACCCAGACUUCUACGUGGACCGCGCGCUAGACCGCGGCAACCUGCGCGUGUCGACGCUGUACUACCCCGGCCGCCCCGAGUACGCCUGCGCCGCCCCGCGCGCCCGCGCCCCGCGCCCCGCGCGCGCCCCGCGCUACUUCGCCAGCCGCGCGCCCGACGCGCCCGACGCGCCCGCGCUCGCCGCGCGCGUCGCCGCCUUCCGCCGCCUGCUGGCCGACGCGCCCGCCGACGCCGCGCUGUGGGAGAGCUUCGUGGACUUCCAGGAGGCCUGCGGCGGCUUCGACGCCGCGCUCGCCGCAGCCGAGCAGGCCGCCGAGCGCCUGCCGCGCAGCGCCCGCCUGCGCGCGCGCCUGCUGCACGCCCUGCGCCGCGCGCUGCCGCCGCACGCCGCGCUCGAGCGCCUGCGCGCGCUGCUGGCCGCCGAGCGCAGCCCGCGCGCGCGCGCCGACCUCUGGUGCGCCGUGCUGCGCGCGCUAGCGGCGGCGCCCGGCGGCGACGCGGCGCAGCUUGGCGCGGCGGCGGCCGCGGCGCUGGCGGACACGCGCGCGCUGCCCGCCGCCUACCCGCGCCUGCUGCACGCGCUGGGCGAGCUGCUGCAGGCGGCCGGCCUGUCCGAGCUGGUGGUGCUUCUCGUCGAGCUCGCGGUCGCCAUGAACUUCGCGCCGACGGCCGCCGCGCCCUUCCCGCCGCCCGCGCCGCCCGGCGAGCCCGAACGCGCGGAGGCGCAGCUGCGCGCGCGCGAGGCGGCGGCGCUGGCGAGCGGGCUGCCGCAGGCCGCCGUGUGGGUGCGCGUGGAGCGGCUGCGCGCCGCCGCGCACUGGCGGGCACCGGGCGCGCGCGACGCCGCCGACCCGCAGCGCUCGCCGGCGCCGCACGACGUGGCCGACCUGCUGCGGCCGGCCGGCGCGCCCGCCGACGCGCUGCGGCUGGCCGCGCGCCUGCUGCUGCUGGCCAAGGUGCCGCCGCUGCCCGGCACGGAGAGCGCGGCGCGCUGGGCGGGCGGCGCGGCGCACGACGCGACGGCGCUGCUGCCGCUGCUGGCGGCGGCGGGCGCGCUGCCGGCGGCGCACGGCGCGCGCGUGGAGCCGGCGGCGGCGCGGCGCGCGCUGCUGCUGCUGCAGGAUCCGCCGCACUACUUCGACGACGAGGCGGGAUACCUGCGCUGGGUGGAGGCGCUGUGGGACGCGCUGGGCGCGCGGCUGCGCGGGGAGGCGGCGCUGGCGCUGGUGUGCUGGCGCGUGCGCUGGCUGGGCGCGCUGGCGCCGCUGGCGGGCCCCGCGGAGGCGGCGCGGCUGCAGGCGCGCGCGCGGGCGCUGCUGCGCGCGGCGGAGCACCCGCUGCCCUACGCGGAGUUCGCGCGGCUGGAGCUGGGCGUGGCGGGGCCGGAGCGCGCGGCGCGCGUGGCGGCGGGCGCGCUGCGCGCGGCGCUGCAGCGCGGGCUGCCGGCGCCGCAGGUGCUGUACAUCGCGCGGUCGCUGGCGGAGGUGAGCGCGGCGGGCGCGCAGCUGAGCGCGGCGGGCGCGUGCGCGCUGGUGAGCGCCGUGCUGCGCCGCGCGCCGCCCGCUCCGCUGGUCGCGCCGCCGCCCGCCGAGCUGGACGCCGCGCUGCAGGAGUGCGAGCGGCAGUGCGACGCCAUCGAGGCGGCGCUCGGCGCGGGCGCGGGCGCGGACGCGGACGAGGACGAGGAGGAGGACGUGGCGGCGCUGCUGCUGCCGGCGGCGGGCGAGUGGGCGCGCGCGCGGGCGCUGCUGGCGGCGCCGCUGCGGCGCGAGCGGCUGCUGCGGCGCGUGCGCGCGGCGGCGGGCGCGGCCGGCGCGGCGGCGCGCUACUGGGAGGAGGGCGGCGAGGCGCUGGCGGCGGCGGCGGCGCGCGAGGGCGGCGCGGGCGCGGCGGCGCGCGCGCUGCUGCCGCAGUUCCCGCGCAACGCGCGACUGGCGCUGGAGAGCGCGGGCGCGCCGCUCUGGGCGUGGCGCGCGGACGGCGCGGGCGAGCGGCUGCGCGCGCUGACGCCGCGCGGCGACGUGGCGGCGCUAGGCGCGCUGCUGGCGCCGCUGGCGCGCGCGCAAGCGGCGGACUGGGCGCCGGCGGAGGCGGAGCGGCUGGCGCGCGCGGCGCGGCGCGCGGGCGGCGAGGGCGCGCUGGCGUGGGCGCUGCGCCUGGAGGCGGAGGCGCGCGCGCCGCGACCGCGGCUGCCGGCGGCGCUGUGGGCGGCGCUGGACGCGGUGCCGUUCGCCAAGUGGCUGCACGUGCGCGGCGCGGCGUGGUGCGGCGGCGAAGCGGGCGCGCUGGCCGACGCGCUGCUGGAGCGCCAGCUGCGCCUGCACGCGCUGCCCGAGGAGCUGCGCCCGCCGCCCGCCGCCGCCGCCCCCGCCGACGCCCCCGCCGACGCCGAGCACCAUCACCGAUGACCCAAUAAACUAUUGUUUGACUUAAA